AUGAAAGAAUUAAUAUAUAAAAAUCAACUAUUAUUUAAUAAUAAUAAUGAAAUACAACAUUAUCAAAAGCUUUAUGAUUCAUUAAAUCAAAAACAAUUGAAUAAUGAUAAAUUAUUUUCAGUACUAAAAAUAAAUGAGAAAAAACCGAUAAUAAGAAAAACAAUUGAAAAUAAUUGGGAUACAAAAAUUCAUCGAAUUAAUAAACAUUCUUAUAUCGUUUCUAUUGAUAAAUUAGAACAAGAAAAAGAAUUUCAUUCAGAAAAAUCAAUAUUAAAAGAUAUUCAUACAGAAUUUAUUCAUAAUAAAGAAAAUCUUUUAUCAAGUCAAGGUUUUAUUCAUAUAAAAGAAUAUGCUCUUGAUAGUUAUGAAUGUCGAUGUCAUGAACAUAAAGAUCUAUUAACUGAUGAAGACAUUAAUAAUAAAAAACAUUUAAUUGAUUAUAAACUAGAAUUUUAG